GAGGUCAGUCAGUAUGCCACAACAGUUGCACUCUCAAAAUUCAGUUUAGUGAUUGAUAGUGAGACACAAAUCCUAUUCUAUUCCUCUCUAAUCAUCUCUCUAUAUUUUUUGGCUUUUAAAAUUAUAUUCAUCAAUUAUAUGCAUACAUAGCAUAUGCAGAGAGAGCGGCGUAGGAUAGUGGUUAUAAAGCAGUAGUGGGCUAACGUAAUCCGGGUUUAUUGAGGAAACAACAAUAGUGGUGAUGAAAAUUGGAGUGGCAAUGAUGAGGGAGAGGGACACAAGUGGGCGCAGGAUAAGCACGUGGGCGUCGCCUUUUUCUCUCACUGCCUCUGCACGCUGGCAUUGUGGUUUAGCAAGCUAAGCUCAAUAGUGAAUCACUACUAUUUCGGCUCAAUUACUUUUACAAAAUUAAAAAUAAAAAAGGAAAGAUUGACAUAGCCACCACCAAAUAUGAUUGGCAGUUACUACCUCUGAUUGUGAGUUCAAAGACAACCUUAAUAUUUUCUCUUUUUUUUUUUUCAGGUUUUGGUCAUAUAAUAAUUUCUUCCCUAAAUCCAGCUUGAUUAUUUGAUGCCGGUGAAUGUUUUUGGUUGGUAAAAUAUGUGUUUUAAUCAUUUAUUGUUUACUUAAUUUGAUUUUCUCGUUUUAGUUGAAGAGCUUCUUUUUAUUUUCGUCGAUCCGACUCUCCUUUGUUAGUGCAUGUCUAUUUCAAAUUUGACUGAAGUGACAGAGAUUCUCUCGAAUGGUUGAAUUUUUUGAUGUACAAAUCUCAUAAUACUUGGCUACUCCUAUAAAAAUUUGCAGUUCUUGGAUUCUCCCUUGUUUUAACUUAAAGAUAGGUCAAGUUCUGGUGAGACCAUUUUCUGAGUGUGUUUGUUUUUUGGUGUGAUUUUGGAACAAGAUUGGCGAACAAAAACAGUGAAAAUCUAGUUGUGUUUGUCUAGCUUCCGACAAACUCUAUUGGUUGCAGCUGGAGGUGGAACUUUCUUUCUUAGUGGUGUAGGAAAAAAGUUGAGGAAGUUGGUGUUUGUCUCACUUUCAAAUGCUGCUCUGAUCAAUUCCUUAGUUUAUUUGCAAAAUACUUAUCAGCGAUGAAGUUUAUGAAACUUGGAUCUCGCCCUGAUACUUUCUACACAACAGAAUCCACUCGGUCUGUAUCAUCUGAAGUGUCAAGCGAUCUCAUUGUACAAGUAAAAGGAACCAGAUAUUUACUGCAUAAGUUUCCCCUGCUUUCCAAGUGCCUACGGCUGCAGAGGCUAUGUGCCGAGAGCCCCGAAGCGCAGCAGCUGCAGAUAGUGCAGCUCCCGGAAUUCCCCGGCGGGGUGGAGGCGUUUGAUCUCUGCGCCAAGUUCUGCUAUGGCAUCACGGUGACCCUCAGCGCCUACAACAUCGUCGCAGUCAGAUGCGCGGCCGAGUACCUUCAAAUGACAGAGGAUGUUGAGAAGGGCAAUCUGAUAUACAAGAUUGAGGUGUUCUUGACUUCCUGCAUCCUUCACGGCUGGAGGGACUCGAUCGUCACGCUGCAGAGCACCAAGGCGUUCACUCUGUGGGCGGAGGAUCUUGGGAUCACCAGCCGAUGCAUUGAGGCCAUCGCUGCCAAGGUUGUUUCCAAUCUCACCAAGGUGAGCUUGUCCCACAGCUGCUCUAGGCGGGGCAGGGAUGACGCGUCGUGCAAUGGCUCCGAGAGCCAGAGGCAUAAUAAGUCCAUGAGCCGAGGCAGCUGGUGGGCGGAGGAUCUGGCUGAGCUGGGGAUUGAUCUCUACUGGAGGACUAUGAUCGCCAUCAAAUCGGGUGGGAAGCUUCCCCCAGGCCUCGUUGGUGAGGCAUUACGCAUCUAUGCGUCGCGUUGGCUGCCAAAUGUGUCCAAGUACAUAAACAUUGAUUGUGAUUCUAAGCCUGAGUCGGCUGGGGAAGUGACUUCAAAGCAUAGGUUGUUACUGGAAUCCAUAGUUAGCUUGCUGCCGAGUGAGAAAGGGGAGGUGUCUUGCAGCUUUAUGCUGAAGCUGUUGAAGGCGGCCAACAUAGUGAAAGCAUCCUCGUCUUCGAAGAUGGAGUUAGAACGUAGGAUUGGAGUGCAGCUGGAAGAGGCGUCGGUGUCUGAUCUAUUGCUACCAGCGUUGGACGAGAGGAUGAUGUACGACGUGGAUGGUGUGAUUUCGAUACUGGAGCAUUUCAUGGUGCAGGGGCAGAGCCCUCCCACGAGCCCGCGUAGAGGGAAAGGGGAGUUUGAGAGGCGGAGAUCGCGGUCAGCUGAGAACGUGGAGCUGCUGUUUCAGGAGAGUAGAAGGUCGUCUUCUGCCUCACACAGCUCUAAACUCAAGGUCGCGAAGCUCGUGGAUGGCUAUCUACAGAAGAUAGCCAAGGACAAGAAUUUGCCACUGUCCAAGUUCAUCGCCGUUGCUGAAUCCAUCCCAGAAUUUGCAAGGCUGGAUCAUGAUGAUCUCUACAAAGCGAUUGACAUUUACCUAAAGGUGCAUCCGGAGCUGAGUAAGAGCGAAAGGAAGAGGCUGUGCCGCGCCUUGGAGUGCAAGAAGUUGUCUGUUGAAGCGUGCAUGCACGCUGCACAGAACGAGAUGCUGCCACUGCGGGUGGUGGUUCAAGUGCUCUUCUUUGAGCAAGCACGGGCUGCAAUGGCGGGAGGUCAAGUGACAGAGCUGCCUAGCAACAUCAAGGCACUGUUGGCAGUGUGCAGGAAUCCAUCAAAGCCUACUAGUGCUGCGCAAGACCAGUGGAGUGUUUCUGGCCUCAAAUCACCCAGCUCUAAUGUUUCGACCCUCAAAAUGAAGCUGGACGAAGACGACAAUUUAGAGCUCGAAAAAUCAUCCAAGUUGAAGGCCUUUACCAUGACUCCAAACAGACCUAGGAGAAUGUUGAGCAAAUUAUGGCCAAUCAGCAGAAGUGCAACUGAGAAGAACUGAUCAUCAGAGAUCCCAAUGUGUUGUUUGGGAUGGGUAAAUAGCACUCUGUCUUUGUUUAAUCUUUUUUCUUUCCUCUUUUGUGUGAUAAUUCUUGAAAAACUCUGUAACCGUUUAGGAAAGAAUGCAACUCUCAAACUCACUUGGUGUAAGCUAUGCCAAUAAAAUUAUGGAAACUAUAGUUUUUUGGAGGCAAAAAUCAGAAAAUGUCACAAAUGUGGGGGGUUUUAAACAUAGAUAGUAGUAUUACUAUUGUAGAUGUACAAGAGAGUGCAACAUCUGUUGAACUGCAGAAGUGGAAGUAUUCUACUGCAGAAUUGCUUAUGUGCGCGUUUAAUCUAUUUGAAUAUAUUGUUGAAUAAAUUGCUAUCAAUUGGUAGUUUAACUGAGUU